AUGGAAUUUGAAUGCAGCAAAACCGUUUUAGGUAGAGGAGGAUUUGGGAUCAUCUUCAACGGUUUCUUGGGACCAAAUCGCGAACCAGUAGCCGUUAAACGACUUAUGCUGGAGGAUGUUGAUGGCAGCGAAAAAGAAGAAGAAGCUCUGCGAAACUUGAAACAUCCAAACGUUGUCAAAUUACAUCACGUCCAGAGCGACUCCAGUUUCAGAUAUUAUGCUCUUGAAUUGUGUGAAGCUUCGUUGGACAAGUUAUUCCUCAAAGACGGCGACCCCAAAAAAUGCUGCAGGCGAAUGCCCCCACGAGAAAAAGUUCUUUGCCAAUUAGCCACGGGAUUAGAAUACAUUCAUGAAAUGAAAAUGGUCCAUCGUGACAUCAAACCACAAAACAUCCUCAUCUGGGUGAAUCCCCAAAAAGAAGAAGAAGUCUUAAUGAAAUGGGCUGAUUUUGGACUAAGCAAACGAGUCAACGAGAGAGGAUCUUUUUCUAUAAGUGGAGUACAAGGGACGAACAACUGGUUGGCACCAGAGCUACUGAAAAUUCUUAUGCAAGAAGACGAAUUAACGGAUGGUUCAGAAGGAUCAUCUUCACGUCAACGGGGAACUGUCAAGAGUGAUGUUUAUGCAGAAGGCCUCGUCUUCGGUUAUUUCUAUUUAGACGGUGAACAUAUUUUCGGGAAUAGCCAAACGGACAUAGCUAAUAACAUAUUGAAGAAUAAUACCGUAAAUAUCAGCAAGAUUCAACCACCGCAUGUUCACGAUCUCAUCGUGAAAAUGUUGUCCAGCGUACCAGACAAAAGAAUCACUUCUUCGGAGGUUGUCGAAUUUCUUAGAGAGUACAAAACUCAGGCAAAAAGGAAUGUGCUACCCGGCAGCAUGUUAGAAAUCAAUUCCGAAAAGGUUAUAGAGGAGGCAGGUUAUGGCAUCUUAUUCGAAGGUGUCUGGGGAACAACUCGUCUUCCGGUUGCUAUUAAGCGGAUGCAAUCAAUCCACGUAUUGGGACAGAAACAAGAAGAAUCCUGGCUUGGUCUUAGUCACGACAACGUUGUCAAACUAUUUCACGCAGAAAAUGACUCGAAAUUCAGAUAUUAUGCGCUGGAACUUUGCCAAGCAUCGCUGAAUCAGAUUUUUCUGAAAGACGGGGAUCCCAAAAAAUAUCGCGGGCCAAAGCCUCAAACAGAAGAAGCUCUUUACCAAUUGGCUAUGGGAUUGGAAUACAUUCACGAGAAGAAACUUAUUCACUGCGAUCUGAAGCCCAAAAAUGUUCUUCUCUGGACGGGAAAUUCGUCUACUGUUAUGAAAUGGACUAAUUUUGGAUCAAGUAAAGAAAUCGACGCAAAAGGAACUUGCCCCAUCAACGAAAUCAAGGGAGGAUUAGACUGGCUGGCACCCGAAAUUUUAAAGGCGCUCGAAAACGAAGAGAAUCAGUCGGAAAAUCUUGCACAAUUACUGUGGGAAUGUUGCACCUUCAAGAGCGAUGUCUUUGCCGAAGGACUUGUUUUCGGAUAUUUUCUUUUAGGUGGUCUUCACCCUUACGGCUCGGUUUCACGAAAUAUUCAAACAAACAUCAACCAAGACAAACCAGUCAACAUGUCAAAAAUCCCGACGUCUCCUAUAGGUGAGUUGACUUUGAAAAUGCUGGCAUACAAACAGGAAAACAGAUUGACAGCUUCUGAAAUAGUCGAAGAAUUUGGAGAUAUUCGGAAUUCUCGACAAAAAGAAACGGAAAAGAUGCUGUUCAAUCUGUGUACAGAACCAAACCCAAGUUUGAUUAAAAUCAAAAAUUUAGUGAAUCAAGGCAUCAACGUCAACUGCCUCAAUCAGCAUGGAUUGACUCCUCUGCUGCAAUUAUUAGCUAACGGUGAAGCCUACCAUCAAGAAGAUUUUGUCGAAAUCGUUCGCUAUUUUGUCGAAAAGAAAAUCAAUUUGAACGCAAAGAACGCAUACGGAGAAAACGCUCUUCUCAAACUGAUUGCCCAGUAUCCAAAAGACGAUUUGAUCGACAUUGUUCAACUUUUCAUCGAUAACGGCAUCGACAUUAACUGCAAAAACAAAUACGGCACUAAUAUCCUGCAUUAUUUGUGCGAGUACUAUUCACACGAAAAUUUAAUCGACAUCAUUCAACUUUUGAUUGAACAGAAAGUCGAAAUCAAUUGCAUUCACGAUUACGGAUACAACGCUCUUCCUGUCUUACGUCGCAAUUAUAACCACGAAAAUUUGCAGGACAUAAUCGAACUUUUGAUUGAGAACGGAAUCGAAGUUCAUUGCAACCCCUCCAACGACGGCAACGCCCUCCAAAUCUUGUGUAAAGUUUACAAGAAAGAAAACUUGAUGGACAUCGUUGGAAUUUUGAGUAAAGGAGAUAAAAGAAAAGAAAAUCCACAUAGCGGUUCUUCGUCUAGAGCAACGAAAAGGAAACACAAGUAGCUUGAUUGAAAUAAAUGAAACUUUUAUUGUUUACUUAGUGAACCGCUGUAGAAUAAACUAUAUGAGAGAAAUUGCGUUGCAAAUAAACGUAUUAGGUUUUGGGGUCUA